AUGCCUCGGGGGCAUCAUCUUGAUGAAGGCUCUCUCAUGAUAGCAACCCACGAGUACUAUUCCAUCAAGGAAGCUACCCAGGGUAUUAUCUUCCUCGCAAUGCCUUUCCGAGGCACUUCUUUCCAAGGUGUAGCCAUAUGGGCAGAGCCAGGUCUGAAUGCUUGGGCUUUGAUACGAGGCCGGAAAGUGACCAAGCUGCUCAGCAAUGAUAUUUCCUUGGGCGCCAGACUGGUUAGGUACCCGCUGGUGGAUGCUACCUCUGGGACUCUGGACUUUGUUGAGAACCCCUUAGCACUCCAUCGAAAACAUGGUCUCAUGAACAAGUUCCGUGGCGGCUGUGAUGACUACGAUUAUGUAUCUGUUGCUAGACAGAUCGAAAGCGUUCUCCAGCGUAUUCGCGACGACAACGCAGACACAUGGAUACGAAAGCAUCACUAUACCGAGGACAAGCUCCGGAUUGAGCGACUCUCAGGCAAGCCUUUGUCGAUGGAGCAGUGCUACAUCAAUCUCGCCAUUGUGAAGCAGCCCGAUGAAAACGCAGAAAACUCGAAGGAAAGAUCGACCAAAGGUUCUGAAGGAGAUGCAGCACCCCAUUCUUCCCCGUUUUCACUCCACGCGCGGCUGAAGAUUGAGAUGCCGGACAAGAAGUCCCUGAUCGAGUUGCCGACACUUUUUGCAUCACGCCAAGGGCCCGACGGCCACACAAAACCACCAAGAAGAAUCUUGAUCCGAGGACGCGCUGGAGUUGGGAAGACUACUUUGUGCAAGAAGAUUGUGCACGACUUCCUCAGCACUGAUAGAUGGAAGGCUUUGUUCAACCGUGGGCACCGUGAUGGCCGCCGUCUCGCUAAAGGAUUAUGGAAUGCCGUCCACAACGAAGCUACCAACAGGCGUGGUACUCUGUUCCUCCUCGAUAGCCUGGAUGAAAUAUCCGAGCUUUUGAAUCCAUUCUCUGCGGCGUCCAGUUUUCUUAUACAACUUUUGAACAGCCCCAACGUUAUUAUUACAACCCGGCCGCACGCCAUAGCUCUGGCUGGCCUCAAAGACCCAGACCUCGAAUUGGAAACAAUUGGGUUCUUACCAGAUCAAGUUGGCCAAUAUCUUGAAAAGACCCUUGCCGAUCCACAAAGGACCAAAGUUAAGUCCUUCCUUCAAAACCAUCAGCUUGUUCAAGAUCUCGUUCGGAUCCCCAUUCAGCUGGAUGCACUCUGCUUCACUUGGAUCGAAGACUUCGAGUCGGAGACGAAUCUUGAUACCAUGACCGCCAUCUACCAAGCUAUCGAGCUAAAAUUAUGGAAGGAGGAUAUUGUACAACUGGGAAGGAAAAGCAAAGGGCAGUCGAUUGCAGGAAGCCAGAUCCAAUCACUUGAUCGGUCCAUCAUUAAGCCAUAUAUCGAAGACGAGAUUCUGUUCCUGGAAGCCCUUGCCUUUACUGAACUACAUGACGACGUGAUUCAGUUUGAUUCAGCGCAUAUCAACAGAAUAAUUCGCAACUUGGGCCUGAAGGAGUUCCUACCCGAUCAGAUUUUGCCAUCCCUCUCGUUCCUACGAACAUCAGACCCAUCGUCAGAAUUCAGGAACCAAAACUUUCACUUUCUACAUCUGACUUAUCAAGAGUAUUUUGCAGCACGGUAUUUUGUACAGCAAUGGACAGGUGGCAAACCACUGAAACUCAGCCGCGAAAAGAUUACUACUCGCGAGUUCCUUAGGAAGUACAAAUACACAGCACGCUACGAUAUCUUAUGGCGCUUCGUUUCCGGCCUGCUUGACGCUAAGGAAAAGGCCGACGAGUUCUUUCACGCGAUCAACGAGGAGCUGCGCGACCUCUUGGGCCCUAUGCACCAACGACUCGUCAUGUAUUGCUUGAAUGAAGUCUCUGCUGACGACAAGUCAGCUUUCGCUCAGCAUCGAAAGGACUUAGAAAGUCAAAUCUUACAGUGGUGUUUAUUUGAACUCAGGAAUAUAGGAACAUCCUAUCUGUUACACGAUAUUUCGCUCUCAGAUGAUUUGCUGAGAGCUGUGGCUCAACGGCUCGGAGAUGAAGACUCGGGUAUCAAGCAAGCAGCUAUCGAUAUACUCGGACGCCAGUCUUCGCUCUCAGAUGAUAUGCUGUAUGCUUCAGCUCAACAACUCAGAGAUAAAGACUCAGAUGUCAGGCAGGCAGUUAUUAAUAUGCUCGGACGCCAGUCUUUGCUUUCAGAUGAUAUGCUGAAAGCUGUGGCUCAACGGCUCAGAGAUGAAGACUUAGAUGUCAGGCAAGCAGCUGUUCAUCUUUUCAUAAGCCAACCAGCUUUAUCUUGGAAUAUCCUUAAGCCACAUAUGGAGAACUUCUAUAUAGAAGUUUUGAGGCGGAGCUUCAGUGAACAUCUCUGGUGGUACGCUAAGCAUGAGACUUCUGUCAUUUGGGUAGAUUUCCAAGAGAUACUUUGGGACGGCUGGGGGGGAAAUGGGGAAGUGUAUCAGAAGGUGCUGAGUAUUUCUGAAGAUUAUCGGAGAAUGGUGCUGGGCUCAUAG